AUGACGACCUUCACCAAGCUGGAAGCAGGCAAGCAGGCCAGCAUCUCAGUCCAUCCAGAUCGCAAGCUCAGCAACAUCAACGACAACAUAUAUGGAGGCUUCACAGAGCACAUGGGUCGCUGCAUAUAUGGCGGCCUGUACGAUCCAGACAACUCCAACAAGGACUUGAUCGACGAGCACGGCUUCCGUAAAGACGUGAUUGAGGCAAUGAAAGAGCUCGAUUGCCCAGUUGUGAGAUAUCCUGGAGGCAACUUUGUUGCAACUUACCACUGGCUUGAUGGUGUUGGACCGAAAGAGAAACGCUCAAGAAGGCCAGAGCUAGCAUGGCUUGGUGUUGAGAGCAACCAAUUCGGGACUGACGAGUUCAUGCAAUGGUGCGAGAUUGUGGGGACGGAGCCAUAUCUGGCGCUCAACUUCGGCACUGGCACUCUCGAUGAAGCACUCGCCUGGCUGGAGUACUGCAACUCUACGCAAGAUACACACUAUGCGAACCUGAGGCGAAGGCAUGGUCGCGAGAAGCCUUACAACGUCAAGUACUGGGCGCUAGGCAAUGAAUGCUGGGGACCAUGGCAAGUCGAGCAGAUGACGAAAGAAGACUACUCAAAGAAAGCAUACCAAUGGGCGAAAGCACUGAAACUCCUCGACCCUUCCAUCACCCUCAUCCUCUGCGGCGAGACUGGCCAUUCGACAUGGGACUUCUACACUCUCAAAGAAUGCGUAAGAUGGGACCAGCACGCCCUAGGUGCCGGGAACGUCACGGCCAGCUUGAUCGACAUGCACAGCAUCCACAUCUACACCGCCUGCGACAGCGACCCGCUGAAGAACGCCGUAGCUCCUCGCUCAGCGGAACGAGCGAUCGAAAUCUGCGCCUCUCUAAUCGACCUAGCUCGGAUCGAGAACGGCGUCCCAGCCAGCGUACCUCGCCAAUCAAUCUGCUUCGACGAAUGGAACGUCUGGGACCCCAAACGCGCACCCGGCGAUCUCGGAGCUGAAGAGCAAUACACACUCUCCGACGCACUGGCAGUAGGCAUAUGGCUGAACGUCUUCAUCCGACAGAGCAAACACGUCGGCAUGGCGAAUAUUGCGCAGAGCGUCAAUGUGAUUUCGCCGUUGAUGACCUCGAAAGAUGGGAUUUACAAGCAGACGAUCUGGUGGCCGCUGUUGUUGUUUAGCAAGUAUAUGCGCGGACACACGAUCGCCACGCAUGUGAGCUGUGGAGCUUACGAGGGCGAGACGGAGCCGAAGUGGUUGCAGACUGCGGCGGAUACGCCUUGGCUUGAUGUGUCUGCGACUGUCAGUGAGGAUGGAUGGGUCAGUAUGGCGGUUGUCAAUGUGCACCAAACUGACGAUUUUGAGGUCAAGCUGGAUGGUGUCGGUGCCGAGGGUGGUAAGGUUGACGUGUAUACCGUCACAGGCAAGGAGUGGAACGUCACAAAUACUGCAGACACGCAGUCUGUGGGCAUCGAGGAGAGUACGUGGGAUGGUCAGGGGUCGUACAAGUUCUCGAAGAUGAGCGUGACAAUGCUGCGGUGGAAGGCGUGA